CCUUGAAGUGCAUUUUGAUGAGGUCUUAUUCAAGUGCUUAUCUGACUGGGAUUCCUGGUAGUGAGUGUGUACCUCACUGAUGGAGUUGAAUGGACUCUCUUCAAUGAAGAGGUCUUAUAUUGGUUCGUGGAUUUUCUAUGUGAAAUAUAUGAAUGGCUCUCAGCCAUCAGAAGAUAGGAUGGUAGUAUGCUUGUUUCAAUGGAGAGUCGCUGCUCGCCAUUUGAUUCUGUUCCAGUUUGUCACGCUAUCGGUUAGCACUGGGCUGGUUUGUCUGGAUUGCAUACCUCCAGAUCUUUGGCGGCGACCAUCCACUGGACCUCUGGAUUCAUGCAAUCAACUUGCGGAAUAAGUCGUUGUGGUGUGCUAAAUCGGAGACCUUUG